UUAUGUUGCCUUAUCGUUAUUAUAACCCUUGUGAAACCAUAGGACAAGUCACAAGAGCAAGAGCGUAGCCAUGUUAUUCAAAUUUGCAAUUCUGGUCUCUCUCUUAACUAGCUUAGCAGCAGGAGAUGAAACACUUGGUUUCGUCUACAAUGGGUUCCAAUCGGCUAAUCUAACCGUUGAUGGUAUAGCCGAGUUCACUUCCAAUGGACUCUUGCGACUUACUAACGACACCAGCCAACGAACAGGUCAUGCUUUUUAUCCUAACCCAAUAUCCUUCAAGAACUCAUCAAAUGGCUCUGCUUUUUCCUUCUCUACUACCUUUGUUUUCGGAAUCCACCCAUCACAGUAUCUGACUAUUAAUGGACACGGUAUCGCCUUCGUGAUUGCACCAACUAGGGGGCUCCCAGGUGCUCGUCCAAGUCAGUACUUAGGCCUUUUUAACGAGAAAAACAAUGGGAAUGACAGCAAUCGUGUUUUUGCCGUAGAACUCGAUACCAUCCAGAGUAGUGAGUUUUUCGACAUCAAUGAUAACCAUGUGGGGAUUGAUAUUAAUAAUUUGAAGUCUGUGAAAUCAGCUCCAGCUGGUUAUCAUGACGAUCGCACUGGUCAGCUUAAGAACUUGACUCUUAUUAGUGGUAAACGAAUGCAAGUUUGGGUGGAAUAUAACGGUGACGAUAAGCAAAUUAACGUUACUUUAGCUCCAUUCAAUAGUGGUAAGCCCAGUACUCCACUUUUGUCUUUGACGUAUGAUCUUUCACCUCUUUUUAACAACGCCAUGUAUGUUGGCUUCUCAUCAUCCACGGGUACGGUAUUAACAUCUCAUUAUGUUUUGGGUUGGAGUUUUAAGAUGAAUGGCAAAGCGGAGGAACUUGCUCUCUUACAGCUUCCUAAGCUUCCCCGAAUUGGUCCUAAACGGAAAUCAAAGUUUUUGACAAUUGGGCUCCCUGUAAUUUUUGUAAGCUUGACUUUAGCUGCAGUCUCAGGUGUGUUUUAUGUGAUAAGAAGGAAAAGAAAGUUCGCUGAAGUCCUUGAAGAUUGGGAGCUUCAAUAUGGACCUCAGAGAUUCAAAUACAAAGAUCUCUACGUUGCCACCAAAGGGUUUAGAGAAAAGGAGCUAUUAGGUAGUGGUGGCUUUGGCAGGGUCUACAGAGGAGUACUAUCCAAAUCUAAACUGGAGAUUGCAGUGAAGAGAAUCUCUCAUGAAUCAAGACAAGGGAUGAGAGAAUUUGUUGCGGAAAUUGUAAGUAUUGGUCACCUCCGUCACCGGAAUUUGGUACAACUCUUGGGGUAUUGCCGGCGUAAAGGAGAACUUCUUUUGGUGUACGACUACAUGUCUAAUGGAAGUCUUGACAAGUACCUGUAUGACCAACCACAGGUCACCCUCAAUUGGAGGCAAAGAUUUCUAAUCAUCAAAGGGGUAGCUCAGGGCUUAUUAUAUUUACAUGAAGGGUGGGAACAAGUUGUCAUUCACAGAGAUGUUAAGGCUAGUAAUGUCUUACUCGAUGGUGAAUUGAAUGGAAGGUUGGGAGAUUUCGGCCUUGCAAGAUUGUAUGACCACGGAACUGAUCCACGAACAACACACGUGGUUGGAACUCUUGGCUAUCUUGCACCGGAGCACACUCGGACGGGGAAGGCCACAAGAAGCACAGACGUGUUUUCUUUUGGUGCUUUUUUGCUUGAAGUUGCAUGUGGCAGGAGGCCAAUAGAGCCACGACAGCAAUCGGAGGAUGUCGAGAUAUUGGUUGAUUGGGUUUUUGGUUUUUUAUGUAGAGGUGAAAUUCUUGAGGCAAGGGAUCCAAAUUUGGGUACAGAUUAUGCAGGUGAGGAAUUGGAGAUGGUGUUGAAACUUGGGUUGAUGUGCUCUCAUACAGAGCCAGGAGCUAGGCCAAGCAUGAGACAAGUUGUGCAGUAUUUGGAGAAGGAUGUCCCUUUGCCAGAGUUAUCAGCUCUCGGAAUUACGGCAAGUGGGUUGACGUUUGCACAUCGUGAAGGUUUUGAUGAUUUUGCAAUGUCAUAUCCAUCUUCUACGGGCCUCACAGGCUUUUCUUCUAUUGCAGAAUCCAUACUUUCGGGUGGCCGAUGAAUCUGAAAACUUCAAUUUGUAAUUUAAGUUUGUAGCAACUGCAUUUUCAAAUUUCUGAACUGGGGAACUCAAGUAAGAUUAUUAAUCGUAUAAAUAAAAGAAGCAAAAUUGAAGUGAGCAGAACAUUUAUUUGGUAACUGCUCUGCAUCACGACACAGGAAUUUUCUUUUCUUGCUUGGCCUGCCAUUUUGAUUCAUUUAUAGCUGAUUUGCGCCUCAAAAUGUAUUUUUAGGUUACAAU